GGGUCUUGGGGGUGCUGGCCCUGGCGUGUCAGAGCCGGCCACCGAUCCCCGGCCGACGGUGGUGUCGUCUCCCCCGGUUGUGCCAUCGGUGGAUGCUGGUGCAGCUGCGGAGGAGGCAGCUGCGGGGAUGUACCAGCCUUCGAGGAGUCAGCAAUCUCCAAAGAGGGCGACGACCUUCUUCAGCUGGAAGGUCCAGAAAUUCAUGCAGAUGAGACGGCAGGUCCAGAUCCUCAACAUCCAGCAUCCGAGGAAGAGGAGGCUGCAGAUGCUGCUGCUGAAGAGGAAGUGAUUCCUCUGUCGACGGGAGGGGAUUCGUCCUCAGCUAUUUCUGCACAAGGUCUCCCGUUGACAGGGGACAAAAUAAAGUUAAUGCAGCAGAAUAUGGUUGAAUGCCAAAAAUUUUUGACUGAACUUGAGCAUUACGAAGCUGCAAAGUCCCAGGAGCUGGAGAAGUUCAAGGCUGAGCAGAACCAAGAGAACAAGCUCCUUAAGGAACAAAUAGCCAAGCUUGCAGAGGACAAGAAAGCUCUCGAGGAGAGAAACAAGUCGCUGCAGGAAAGAAACAAGUCAAUCUCGAAGAAACAUAAAGAUGAUCUGGAGAAAUUCGGCAAGAUGCUGAAGGAUGCUGACAAGCAGUUCGUCGAAGUUGCAAUGCAGAUCAAGAAGCUGGCCGAAGAGAAGGAACUUCGGGAGAAAGAGCUCGACGAGCUGAAGGCUACUGCUCAGGCCAUUAUUGAUAUGGUAGAUCCACCCGAGGAGGAAGCUGCACAAGGCAAGAUUCUGUUGGAGCGUCUGCAAGGAGCUCCGCAGAAGAUCGUCAAGUACCUCUCGGACACCAGUCGGCAGUACGUUUCUCAUGUACUCGGGUUAGUGAAAUCCUAUUGGCCGUAGGCAAACUUGACCCCGCUAGGCGAAGGUAUGUUAGUAGAGUGUAUCGAGAAGAGAUUCGCCAAUUUUGUGGCGGGGGCAAGGCAGGUAGCUAAUAAGAUAGUGGAUAUCUUAGAGUAGGAGCCUGUUGCAGAGCCAUAGUCAGCCUGUAAUACAAUAUUUGUGUAUGCCUUGAUGUAAAACUGAUCUGUGUAAUGUACUCAUGAAAACAUGAUGUUUGCGAUGUGAUAUUCAGUUUAUGUUUGUCGUA